CUUGAGCUUCUCUCAUAUCAACUCUACAGCACAGAACUCGUUAGAAAAAAAAAACAACAACACAAGAAAUCUGUUUCCACUCGGUUUGCUGUUUCAGGGGAAAGUCGCUGCUCUUGUCUCGAUAUGAAAUUCUGUAUUUUUGUCAAGUUGCACUUUAUUUCUGUUAUUAUUUCUUCUUCACCCAGGACUGUUUUAUUCAGUAACUCCGUGGUGUCGGAGCAGGGGUCAGAGGUCAUGAGCUGCCUGUUUACAUUCACGUACCGCGAGUAAUGAGUGUUUUUAUCUUCUUUAAUGCUUUCCAAAAGGAAGAAACCCUAAAAGACAGAGUCUCUCUCAGGUCUCCCUCCAUCUCCUGCAGGAAUAUGUUUGCUCGCUGGGUGACUCUGGCACUUAUUCGGGGAAGUUUGUUAGCAGGUCCUGGGCAAGGUGAGGUCGGUACCAGAGUGUGUGUGUAUUAUAAUGAUAACUGGCAAGCUGAGCGGACUAAUCAGAGUGGCUAUGAGAGAUGUGAGGGAGAAAAGGACAAGCGGCAGCACUGCUACGCGUCCUGGAUCAACUCUUCAGGAACCAUCCAUUUGGUGAAAAAGGGCUGCUGGCUCGAUGACUUCAACUGCUAUGACAGACAGGAGUGUGUGGCCACAGAGGAAAACCCUCAGGUGUUUUUCUGCUGCUGCGAGGGAAAUAACUGCAAUGAAAGAUUCACACACCUGCCUGAGGUCACUGCUCCUGCAGUGAAGAUCCAGCCUCCUCCGGUGGGACCGUCUCUGCUUGGUGUGUUGGCGUACUCUCUCCUUCCUCUGCUUGUGUUGUCUCUGGCUUUGGUACUCGCAUGCUGGACUUACCACCAGCGCAAAGCUCCGUACGGCCACGUGGACAUUAACCAGGGUGUUGGUCCCGCUCCUCCGUCUCCUCUGGUGGGCCUGAAGCCACUGCAGCUGCUGGAGCUGAAAGCAAGGGGGCGCUUCGGGUGUGUGUGGAAGGCUCAGCUACUAACCGAAUAUGUUGCAGUCAAGAUAUUCCCUGUUCAGGAUAAACAGUCAUGGCAGAAUGAGAGGGAAAUUUACCUCACUGAGGGAUUGAGACAUGAGAACCUGCUACGCUACAUCUCUGCUGAAAAACGAGGAACCAACCUACAAAUGGAGCUCUGGCUCAUCACUGAAUUCCACGAUAGGGGAUCUUUAACCGACUACCUGAAGGGGAAUGUGGUGAACUGGCCUGAUUUGUGCCAUAUUGCAGAGAGUAUGGCCCGAGGCCUGGCCUACCUACAUGAGGAUCUGUCCUACAGACCGGAGCGGCCUAAACCAGCAAUCGCCCACAGAGACUUUAAGAGUAAGAACGUGUUGCUCAGGACUGAUUUGACUGCUGUGAUUGGAGAUUUUGGUCUGGCUGUUCGCUUCGAACCAGGGAAGCCACCAGGAGAUACUCACGGCCAGGUUGGCACUUGGCGCUACAUGGCCCCGGAAGUGCUCGAGGGUGCCAUAAACUUUCACAGGGAUGCAUUUUUAAGGAUUGAUAUGUACGCUUUGGGCUUGGUGCUUUGGGAGCUCUUGUCCCGCUGCAGUGCUGCUGAUGGGUCUGUCCAUGAAUACAUGCUCCCAUUUGAGGAGGAGGUGGGAAGCCACCCUUCUCUGGAGGAUCUGCAGGAUGUAGUGGUCCAUAAGAAGAUGAGGCCCAUGCUGAAGAACUGCUGGCUCAAACAUCCAGGAUUGGCUCAGAUGUGUGAGACAGUGGCAGAGUGCUGGGACCACGACGGAGAGGCUCGUCUGUCUGCAGGCUGCGUGGAAGAACGCAUCAUCACCAUCGCCAGGGCAAACAACACUACUAAUGGUUCUACCUCAGAGUGCCUGGUCUCUAUAGUCAUGAACGAUCGCGACUCGGCUCUACCACUCAAAGACGAGAGCAUUUGAUUGGUAGCAGUCAGUGAAGCAGGAACUAAAGACCGUGACCCCAUUAACAUCAAACCUCUCCAGUAAUGUGAACUUUGCUGCUCUUUUGAUGUUUUCUAUAGAGUUAAAUUAAAUAAAAUGAUCUGCAAGCAAAAUAUUAACUAUCAAAAAGUACAAAUAAUAAGGAUGAAAUCAGACUUUGUUCCCAAAAUGUGUGCGGGGCUGCUCUGUCAAGGAAUUGUGGCAUUUCAGAAGCAAUUUUUUUUUUUUUUUAAUAGUUUGUUUUUAGUUGUUUUAAAAUUUUGCUUGUGGAUCAUUUAAUAUCUUUCGCACAAAUUUACCUCCAUAAUUUAUGACUUUUAUUAAAUCUUACACUGCGUCUGCUGUUCCCUUCAGGGCUUUGAACCGGUUCAAGGAACGAAAACGAAAACCGGGAACUUUUUCUAUUUCACAUGGAACAGAAACGAAACCAGAAACUUUAUUAUUUUUUAUGUUCCGGAACAGAAACGCUUAUUAAAAAUAAUGGUAACCGGUUAAUACCGGUUUUUAUUUCGUUCCUCAAAGUUUCCGUAGCCUACAAAUAAAAAAGUCGUUCUUCUCCUGCGCAAGUUUCUAUGACCAGUGUUGCCAGAUUGGGCGGUUUUAAGUGCCUUUUGGCGGAUUUGAACAUGUUUUGGGCUGGAAAACGUCAGCAGUAUCUGGCAACACUGUCUAUGACCCGCUGGGGUUCACUUCCUGUGUGACGUUCGCUGACUGAAUGGAGAGAGCGGGAGGGUGGACUACUAUCACGUCUCCACAUCUUAAAUAAGAGGUAAAUAUUGCAGUCUAUCGUUAUUCAAAAACGUCAAUUUCAAACACGAUAUCAAUAUAUUUGUCCACGUUAAUGAGAGGCUCGCGAACAUUAAAUGACGUUAACCUCUGUUAGCCUAUCAAUUUAUAGGGCCUGACUAGCCUUUGGUAAAACACUAAACGAAUUAUCUUUCAUUUUUGGCCCUUUUUCUGUUUGUGUAGAUGGGAAGACAUACUGAGAAUCCAAAUCGUCAACAUUUGAAAUAAUUGUUUUGAAUUAUUUCUUGUCUUAUUUAAUGAAGGUUGUAAUAGAAUUAGCCUACAUUUGGCUUAAGCUGGAUGAGACAGAGACAUAAUUUUAUAGCCAUUUGUUAAACAGCUGACAGGGAACGUAAUUAACCGUUCCGGGAACGAAUUUUCUUUGUUCUAACCGGUUCGGGAACGUCUAUUUAAUGGUGGAACCCAAAACCGGAAACGUUAAAAUUCCGUUUCUGUUCGGAACGAACCAAUAGGAAAAAUAUUCUGGUUCAAAGCCCUGGUUCCCUUGCAUUCAAAAAGCACAAAAACACAACACAGAAACUGAUGCCUCAUACAGCAAUCAAAUGACCGUUUCACAGUGCACUCGUUACCUCAAGUUUUUGUUGACUUCUAGGAUUCGAAUGUGAAAUUUUAAGUGAGUUUACUUUUCCUAAUAUCUGCAUCCACUCUGCAAAUACCUCUGUUCAAAGGACUUGGCUCGUGAAAUCUACAUUCCUCACUUUGUCUUUAUGCUGUUGAUCAGCGAGUCGACAAAGUGGUGCGAGGAGCUAAAGACUGUUGCACCAAACUGACCUCUGUUUGAUCGAGCACCUCUCUUGCUACUCAGUCUUUUUUUUUUUUUUUAUAAAGUUUCUUUCUGAAAGUGUUUGGUGUGUUUUAUGAAAAAUGACAUGCUUGUUAGGAAUUUGAGAAAGCAUUUGUCUGAAACACUGGAAUCAAAAGGCAGCAGGACUGUUUUGGGCGUCUUCUGAUUAGCUGUUCUUUGACGGUUUUAUCAGGCAGAUUGUCACUGUGUGUGGUGGUCUGGGAAAACCUGUCUGAUGUCGCUGCAACAAAUUCUGGAAAACGCACAAAAAUAAUGUCCCAAAUAGCCAGUAAUAUACAGCUCUACUUAAAAUUAAUGGAUUUUACGACAACGGUGUAAAAAUGUUUUUAUUUUGGCUACUUUCUGACUUUGCCUGCAGAGAUCAUGUUUUGUCAGGAGCCGGUUUCACAAAGAAAGUCGAGCUAGUAACACAGUCUGACUAAAGAUGUCUACAACUCAGCUAGCCGAGUGUGAUGUUUUUAUUUUAUUUUUUAAUUUUCCCUUCCUUUCCUCCUCACUCUUAUUUAUUUUUAUAUAUAUACAGUGCUCAGCGUAAAUGAGU